CCCUCAAACGGGCCUGUCAGGCCCGUUGCAACUUCCCUGUUCGCCUAGCUCAGGAUGCCUCACGAAUCGGAAGCCCCUCAGGCGGCGGCGACAGCGAGAGUUCAGACUCGAGCGACGGAGCCCCUCCCCUUACCUCUACCGGCGCCGCCCACCACGACCGCCCUUCCACGCCGGUCGUGCAUCUCCCUGCAGUUUUGCUGAUCAAGUCCACCCCUUACCAAAAUGGGUUACGCAAUGCCUUCAGAUCUAGCAAAUUAAGAAGAAAGGAUUGUUAAAGUGCUGCUUCCAGGGUAUGUUAGUUUGAGGUCCUUUUUGAGCAACCUAGAUAAUUUGUAGCAGAUCAGAAAUAAAUAUGAUGGUUGUAUAUCAACGGUAUCCUCUUACCAUUUGCUAGUGUAUACCUACAAAUAAUAAACAAAAACUGUUUAGUUUUCUCAAGCAGGCUAAAUUAAUACUUUGGAAUGUCUAUAUUUGGGAACGGAGAGAUCCACUGUGCAAUUUUAAUUUAUUUCAGGAAUAGAGAAUAGCUUCUGGAUGAGACACGUCAAUUUAUAAACAGGGAUUCCUUUCAUCAAAGACGAAUUUGUGUUGGUGAUUUCUAUGGAAGAAGACAAUGCAUACUUGUUUUCUUAUCCGUAAUAUCAGGAGAAAAGCGGGUUUUAUACGACUAUUCUUCUGUAGCCAAUUCUACGGUCCUAGCAGAAAUUAUCUAAUUACGUGCAGAAAAUUUGAAUAUGAAGUAAUUGUUCAUUGUCUAAAGUUGCAUAUGGCAUGUCCAGAAAAUAAGGCAAAAGUUCAUUGGCUUGCGCCACUAUUUCAUAAUUCCUACAAAAUAAUUUGUAACCCCUUUGCAUUGGAUAAUUUCAUGCUAUAUAACCAUUGGAUAAUCUCUUAAAGGAGGAUUUUGCGAGACCCUUUGCAUCACAAUCUGUGAGGCGUUGUAUCAAACACUAACGAAAAAGGUGCAAGUUCAGAAUAAAUCGGAAGUCCAAUGAUAUCACAUAUCAAUCAGCAGAGACAGUUAUCAACUAAUAAUAGAUUGAUGGUAUUUACGUGCCGCUUGGCUUGGCCUAGGGAAUAUAAAUGGAAAUAGUUUCCACGUGCGAAGUCAUGCAGUCCAUCGAUCUGAUUCAGCACACUUUAUUAAGGUGCCACUCUUGUAAUGAAAAGGUACAUCUCUCUGCAUUUUAUUUGUUAGCCACAAGCUUCUCAUUUUUCAUUAUACUGUUUUCAUCUCCUCACUCAGUUAGCGGUGUAAAUGAAUCAGUCUGUUGUCCAUUUUUAUUUAGUACUCUAUUAUUAUUCUCUACGGGCUAAUGCCUUUCUUUUCAUUUUGAUUCAGUUGCAGUGAAGGGCAGCAUAGCACAAUCAUCUUCAGUUUCCCUUCUUUAUUUAGAUUUUCCGUUUACAAUUGCCAUCAUAAGUCAGCCAAUUUGUUGUUUGUUCUUAGUUACUACUUCCUUACUAUUUUCUACGUGGCUACUGUUUUUAUUUUAUAUUUUGAUUUGAUUGCAAGGAGAACACAAUCAAAGAAGACAUCUAUUCAAAUGUUUUCUCUCGAUCAGUCACUCGAGAUUGUAGUUGCUAAGUAUUUGGACGCCACAUAUCUUCAGAUCCAUCUCAGAGUAUAGACGGCGCAUCGAUUCCGUACCAAAGAAGUUAUAUUGAUACCCUGAGCAACCUAUCCCUCUAGUAGGGUUUUGCUUUAUAAGAGAUAUUGAUACCCUGAGCGACCUAUCCAUAUCGAGAGACUAUUAAAAUACUCAAAGAUCCCCACAUAUUUUCACCGUCUAAUUGUUUCAUAUAAACUUAGCUUCCAUGUUUCGUGACUCGGUAUAUUUCACUAUUCGUGAUAUUUUAUUCGGGCGUGGCAACACACGCCAUUAUGGGCUAGUUUUACUAAUGAGUGAUACUUUCGCCCAAAGUUUAGCGCCUAUAUUCCUCUAAAAAAAUCUCCUAUAUCACAUUCUGCACUUAGCUGGAAAAGUUUCUACGAAGAUUCAAAUUUCUUUUUAAAGAAGACCCUAGUUUAGUUUGUGAAAAACUAGUAGCCAGCAUCUUGAUGUUGCUACAUGACUUCCUCUGCUAGUCUUUCUAUUCAUACACAUGGUUGUCCUUUGUCAGUAACCACGUGUAGAUAUGUGCUUUCCCUGUACAUGUUGACUUGACCUAUGCUUAAAAAUAUGACCUAGACCUGGUGUGUGCUAGUUUGUUGGUGUGGUUCUGUCAUGCUUGUCCUUUUCUGAGACAGUUUAGCUACUCCCUACUUGUAUAUUGUGCACUAACAUCAAGCAGGGAUGCACUGGUGACUGGACAUGCUUAACAUGCUUACAGUGGGCAUCUUCAUCUCAAAGGCGAUCUGUUAUAAGGACUUGUUGGCUUGGGUACAUGGCAAAUUUCACCUGGCGUUGUUGAAGAAGCCAUCCGCGCUGCUAUCAAGAUAACAAUCUAGAACUGCUAAACUGCAGUUUCUGAGAUCAUAGAAUUGAAAGUUUUUUACUUGCAAUGCUGCAGGCAGGCUAUCGUCAUAUUGACUGCUCUCCACAGUAUGGUAAUCAGAAAGAGGUUGGUUUGGCUCUGAAGAAAGUAUACGCCGAGGGUCUCGUUAACCGUGAAGAUCUGUUCAUCACCUCAAAGCUAUGGUGUACCCAUCAUGCUCCAGAGGAUGUGCCCGAGGCCAUUGAAUCCACGCUACAUGAUCUGCAGCUGGAGUACUUAGAUUUGUACCUGGUCCAUGGUCCAGUGCGCGCGAAGAAAGGAGCAAUGCUGAGCGUGGAGAACUACCUGAAGCCUGACAUCCCGGCCACAUGGAGAGGCAUGGAGAAGCUCUACGACUCGUCCAAGGCUCGAUCCAUUGGCGUGAGCAACUUCUCAUGCAAGAAGCUGGAGGACCUGCUCGCUGUGGCCCGUGUGCCUCCGGCGGCCAACCAGGUGGAGUGCCACCCGGUCUGGCAGCAGCGCAGGCUCCGCGACCUCUGCCACUCCAGCGGCGUUCACCUCUCAGCGUACGCGCCGUUGGGUUCGCCUGGAUCGCCGGGGAAGGAGGGGCCUGACGUGCUGAGCCAUCCUGUGGUGGUGUCCGUCGCCAAGAGGCUGCGGAGAACCCCCGCGCAGGUCGCGCUUCGGUGGGGCGUCCAGAUGGGACACAGCGUGCUUCCCAAGAGCGACAACGAGGCGUGGACGAGGGAGAACAUCGAUGUAUCUGGCUGGUGCAUCCCCGAGGACCUCAUGGCCAAGUUCACCCAGAUCGAACAGGUUAGGCUUUUCAAGUACGAGUUUGUGACACAUCCCACCAGCUUUUACAAGUCCGUGGAGGAUUUUUGGGACGGCGAGGUCUGAAGCGUUGUCACUGCCUUUCUCCAUUUCAGUGGCUAUGUGUCUAUGUUGGAGCAAUUUGAAAAGCAUCACAAAAUGUUUGUAAGGAUGUGUAUAACGAUUGAAAUCUUUAUAAGAUUACUCAAAAAAAAUCUAUAUAAGAAUUUUUUUUGUAUGCA